AUGGAGUCCCCACCCAGGCCAUCCAGGUUCCGUGAUGAUUACCAGACAGACCAGGAAUGGUUUCAUGCUCAGUUGUUCACUGGCAUGCGAAAGAAUAUGGCAGAAGAACACGGGUGUGGUCUGGACUGCAAAGCCUGUGGCGUCAAGAGGGAGCUCUUGCACCGAUACUACGAGGCAACCGCAACAAACACCCUGCUUGCUGAGGCAUUGGAGGCUCAAGCAGGAUAUAUUCAACAACUGGAAAAGUGUAUCAACGAAUACGAGGUGGCUCGAGCCCAGCUUGAUCAACCCUUCCCCCGACCAUUGACAGAGACAAAGAGUAUCAAUGAACGGUGGGGGGAGGCGAUGCUAAGCCUCGGCUCUAUGCUCAUGAUGGAGGACCGCUCUCACCGCUUUCAAAAGAUGUGGGAACGAAUGACGGGUUACCCUUCGAUUUUUGAGAACUGUGAAAAAGUCAUCGAUUCUAUUCGCCAGGUUGGGAAGCAGGCACUCAACAACUUGUGGAGAAAUGACGAGAUUGCCCUUCCAUUUUACAUCAAACCUAGAGGCCGAUAUGAGCUGGGUGACUUCAAAAUCAUGGCACCAGAGGCACGGGACAGGAUGUGGAAGAAAGAGCAGGCUCAUAUUGAAGCAAAGUUAUUUGAUACGCCUCGUCCAUAUCAUGUUGAUACGGAUGUUUCUUCCGAUGAUGGGUUAGAGGACGUCCGUGCGACGUUGGAGCCAGAUUGGGAGGGUCCUUCAGAUUAUGAAUGGAACCAUGGAUAUACUCUGGGGUCGUUGAAGAAAAUCUAUAGAAAUAAAAAUAGUGAUAGUGAUGAGUGA